UAGAAAGAAGUUCAAGAAGCUAGCUAGCACUCAGCUGAGCUACAUCAUAUCAAGCUGAUCGAUCACCUGCAUUUUUUUUCAGAGAGAGAGAGAGAGAGAGAGAGAGAGAGAAAUCUCUGAGAUAGCUAGCUCUUGAAGAAGAAGAAGGAGAUGGAGCGGGUGAACAAGCUGGCGGCGCAGCGGGCGGUGGUGAUGUUCAGCAUGAGCUCGUGCUGCAUGUGCCACACGGUGACGCGGCUGCUGUGCGAGCUCGGGGUGAACCCGACGGUGGUGGAGCUGGACGAGGACCCGAGGGGGAAGGAGAUGGAGAAGGCGCUGGCGAGGCUGCUCGGCCGCAGCCCCGCCGUGCCGGCGGUGUUCAUCGGCGGCAGGCUCGUCGGCUCCACCGACAAGGUCAUGUCGCUGCACCUCAGCGGCAACCUCGUCCCGCUGCUUCGCAAUGCCGGCGCCCUCUGGGUGUAGCUGUUGCACCCCAUCGAUCGAUCCACUCACCCGUACAAGUACAACUGCAUGGCUCGCCGUACUGAUCAAUAAUUUUAUCCACACGCACGCACGCACUUUAAUUUGCGUCAGGUCAGAUAAUUAAUUAACUACUAAUAAUUAAGGGAAGCUAUGUAUGGUAGUAUAGGCUUUUUUUCGCGCUGUAAUAAAUAGUGAUCUAUAGAGUGAGGACCUAAUUAAGUGUCAUGUCAGCCGCCUGUGUAAGGCUCUUUUGGAAUGUAAUAAUGGCACGUAUAUAUGCUUAAUAAUUAAUAUAUACCUCUGGUGUC